GCAGACACGCAAAGGGAUAACCGGAAGCAUCGAUAGGGCGAUUUGGUUGAAGGCAAAAAGAGUCGGUGGCUGUAGUCCGUCAAUGUAGCUACGAAUUUUGCGUUUGUACUUACUGAGGCAGUGAAUAUAUAUUUCUAACCUUUCGACAAAAGAGUUGGUGAAGGUGUAGGCCUGAAAAAUUAUUAUAUUUUGCAUAGAAAACGUCAUCCGAAAGCAGGCUGGUUAUGAACGUUUGAAGAGGGGAGCAGCUACAGACCCAGAUAGCUAAACAAAUGUAAACAACCACUGGAUCAGCUGUGCAGACGGCGAAUCGGGGACGAAUCAGAAAGACGCAGAGAUGACAGCGAAAGCUACGUUUUAUUAACAAGAGUUCAUGAUUUAUGGAGUUAGCAUAUUUCUAUAAGUAGCUGCACACAUAAAUCCUAACCGCCAGGAACAAUUUGUUGAAAAGACACCUCCCUACCAGCGAGCUAACUACUGCUUCCUCAGAGCUAACGUCAGUAGCUAGAUAGGUGGCUAGCGACGUCAAUGAACAAGCUGAAUGCGUUUUAGUCAGUUAUUUUUGUGGCAUCAUUUUACAAUAGGUUGUAUAUUUAAGUUACUACCUGUAGAUCUGAAAAUUGUAUUAAAAGUUGUAUAAAAGUGCACCGUUUGCCCCAAGGCUCGGAAUAUCUGGCAGCUAGCUGGAUAACCCUAGUUGACGUUGUUUGCUUUUGGUCAAAGUAAAUAGGCUACUUUCAGUUUGACCGUGAACUUAAGACAAAAGCUUGUGGUCGUCUACGCGAGAAAAUCCAUCUAGAUAUUUUUUUGUCGUUAAACUCAAUUUACCUAAAGAGAGGUGCGGUAAAUCAGCAAGUGAAGACAGAAGGAUUGUCAUGGCACACCAGCAGAUGCCCAGCUCUCAGAAGGCCCUGAUGCUGGAACUAAAGUCCCUCCAGGAGGAGCCAGUGGAGGGCUUCCGCAUCACUUUGGUGGAGGAGUCUGACCUCUACAACUGGGAGGUUGCCAUCUUUGGUCCCCCCAAUACACUGUAUGAGGGGGGUUACUUUAAGGCCCACAUCAAAUUCCCCAUUGAUUACCCCUACUCCCCUCCCACGUUCCGCUUUCUCACCAAGAUGUGGCACCCAAAUAUCUAUGAGAAUGGUGACGUGUGCAUCUCCAUCCUCCAUCCACCCGUGGAUGACCCCCAGAGUGGAGAGCUGCCCUCUGAGAGGUGGAACCCCACACAGAAUGUCAGAACCAUCCUCCUCAGUGUGAUCUCUCUCCUGAACGAGCCAAACACAUUCUCCCCAGCAAAUGUGGACGCCUCUGUCAUGUUCCGCAAGUGGAGGGACAGCAAGGGCAAAGAUAAAGAGUAUGCAGAGAUCAUCAGGAAACAGGUGCUGUCCACCAAAGCGGAGGCCGAGCGUGACGGGGUGAAGGUGCCGACCACGCUGGCCGAGUACUGCAUUCAGACCAAAGUGCCUUCCCACGACAGCAGCUCCGACCUGCUCUAUGACGACCUCUACGACGAUGACAUCCAGGAGGAAGACGAUGACGAAGAAGAGGCAGAGACCGGCGGGAUGGGCGGCGAGAUGGGUGCGGACUGCUUCGAUGACGAGGACGACUCGGGCAACGAGGAGUCCUGAUGGGCCCCGCCUCACUCCGUCCCCCUUCCCCUUCCUUUCUGCACCCACCCACACCCACACCCACACCCAUGCACACACACUUGCCCCCACACCCACACCAUUUAAAGAAAAACUUUUGCCCCCUCAGUUCUAUGUUGCUUGUCUGUGUCCAUGUUUUGGAGUUGGUCUUCAAUAGGAAUUCCAUGUGGUGGUUAAUUCCUCUUCCUGUUUUUGUCAGUCCCUUUCCAUACUCUCUUCUGUUAUCCCUCUAUUUUUCACCGGAGGAAUUGAGAAAUGCCUCUGAGCUCCUUGUCUUGGGGAUCCAGAACUUGGCCAAAAAAGUUUGGAAGGCAUCUUCUCCAUAUUGCCCUCACCAUUUAUUUGAUUGCUUUAUAGAGCCUUUUGGCACUUUCUUGUUUAGGUAUCACUUCAUCCUACCCCCACCUCUACUCCUCAGGGCCUAAGGGUAUCUGCUGAUGCUUCACCCUCGCCCCAUGGCAUGUCAGCUGCCACCCUCGUCUCUCACAUUGAACCUGCUUUUACUUGCUUUUUUCUUUUGCGUUUCUGUUAUGACUCUCCCAUUACACUCUUUCUCUGUCUCCUAGUCGCUCUCUGUCUUCACAGUCUUCCCUUCAAAGCCUUUGCUUCCCGAAAUGAACGGCGCAGAUGAGCCAAAUGAGAAAAGCUUGAGCGAUGUACGAGUGAAUGUCACUUGGUUGUGUCUGCUCCUCGUUGCUCCUCCUGACCCCGUCGCUUCCUUUCUCGGUCUCUUUCUCCUCUGUCGCCUUCACAGCAUAGCGCUUAGCGUUUCAUCUGUCGUCCACCUCAUGUAUCCUGGCUGUGGCAUUCGCUCACGUUUCUCAUUUCAUGUAAAAUGACACAAAUGAGGCAAGUCUCCCUGCCAAGGAAGAGACUGAGGACACACAAAAGGCAAACAAAGGAGUCCUCUUCUGUGUUUUUGUCUGUAUCAAGACAUCACGAGCGCAGGUGUCUUGGUUUGGACUUCUCUCUUCAAUGGGAAGCUGGGACUGAGGAUGUACCUCACCUUAACUGUUGUAGAUUGAGCUGACUGCCUUUUGAGCUACUUGGUGUUCUCUGAGCCAGACACAUUUUCACCCCUAAGGAAAAUGGGAGUUUUUACCCCUCUUAAUUUCUGUGGAGUUGUUAUCAUUUAUGAGCCCCAUAGUUUUAGUGCAACUGCUCACAGGUGCUGCAAUCUUGUACUCUGAAAAAAAAAAAAAACACACUUGCUCGACGACACACAAGCACACUGGCCACUUGAACGCAGGAAGCUUGAGACUUCAGAGAGCCAUGGGAUGUGCUUAGAGAUGACUGUCUCUUUUGAUACCCUUGUUACAGGGCAACAUCUGUCUUCUGGGUGUCACAUGGCAGCCUCAGAGGCCUGAACAGAACAGAGAUGCACUCUGAUGUUGGCGGGGGAUGUCUUCGGCUCCCCUCAGCCGACUUUACAUUUUGUUUCUUUUCCUUUUACGUUUUUGUUUUUGUUUUAUAUCAAUCUUUUAAUCAAAGCUGAAUUUGUUUUCUGCCGCUUUGGAUCACAUACCUCUUCUUUUCAAUAUCCAAGGACAGAUUAAGGCAGUUGAGGGUGAGAUGUCAGACUCCACAAAUCCGGAACCCUCUACAGCAUGGUGCGGUGAGGGCUUUUUAUUAUACCCCGCUUCCUGAACAUUCUGUCACCUGUGGUAUGUUUGAGACAGUUUGCCUCAUGAGCAUGCGAGUGUAUUUGGGGAUGAGUGUGUAUGUGAUUUUAAUUUUUUUUGGUUGGUUUGUUUGUUUAACAUGUUGCUCACCAAGCCUGGACUGUUGGUGACACCCUCUUGACAACAGGGCAAGAAACAUCGCAGAAUAACUGAUGGGGCACAAAUAUUGCCCACUCUGCCCUCUUACCAGCUGUAACUCUCAAUACAAAAAAAAUACAAAAUACAAAAAAAAAAAUUAUUUCACAGGACACUGUGGGGGUACUUUCCUGGAUUUGUCUGCCGCAACAGACCUCAGGACUGUUUCAGAGGAACUGAUCUACUACAGUCACACACCAAACCCAGUCUUGUAAAAGCAGAAGAAAACAAAGUGUUUCAUGCAAGAAUGCUGAGACUUCUUUGUACCAAGAGGAUGGACGAUGUGACUGGGAACUUCUGACUCAACAUUCUGGAGAUGGAGCCUCCCUCUCCAGCCUUACAGACUGAAUGUCCAUUUGAAAAGAUCACCCUAAGAAGUGUUGUGAAAAAGUGGUCUACAGUGGAUUUGUUUUGUUUUUUUCAGGAUUCUCUUAUUUCUGUCUCUGUGUGUGUAAGAGUUGAUGAUAAGGUCUCCACGUUAUUGCCCUGAAGACCUAUCUCCAAGUUACUGAUGAUGAACUGAGGAACUUCAAGAGCUGUGGUCACAGGAAGAGUACCUGGAUGAAUAGAGUGAAUGUGUCAUUGUUUGUCUUCUUUCAUUUCCUUUAGAUUUUCUUUCUAUUCUGUAGUCUUGUGGGAGAUUAAGAUAAUGCUAAAAUAAAAAAAAAUUAAAAAAAACACUUUAAAGGAUGCAAAUCACCUCUGCAAAAAAAAACUCAAGGUUUUGUCCAAAAUAAAAAAUAAAAACAUUGGACAGCUGCAAUUUCCUGGGAUGCCUAAGGUUACAUGAGUUUUGGGGUGUGUGUAUGGUGUGCCCCGUAGGCAUUGGCACAUUCAGACUGCUUGUUAGAUCACUGAUAAUGUUCUUUUUCUGUUCAUGUGUGUAUGUAUCGGGAUUGCACCCCCAAAUUUGCGAUUAAAUCUUAAGGCCACA